GAGGAGUGUCCGGGGGGGGACAGCAACUUAAAAGGGGGAGGGACUGCAGCUAAGGAGACGGUCGGUGAUGCGAGCGCAAUGUAUGAGGGGAUACCUUGCCUCAGGUUUAAAAGAGCAGGAAGCUGAGUGAGAGGCUAGAGAAAGUGUCUUCGCUAGCGGGAGGUUACAGGUGGUGUCUAGGAAAGAGCUCUGAGGCUACAAGCUGUGGUUGGGAAGAGGAUCAGAGAACUGUGUGAAAGGGACAGUUUGGGAGCUAGCGUCCUGGGGCGAGGGGGGAGUUUCGAGACUUUCUGAGGUCUGGCAGAAAUGUGCCCACUGGCCCUCGGUGCAUCCCCCCUGAGGGGAGGCAUUGUAAGGGACUGUAGCAGGCUCCACUGAAUGCCAAGCCACGGAGGUCCAACUCCACGUAUGGAUCUAGGGAAUGAGAAUUCAGCCUCAGAGGCUGCCGCGAUCACAGACCUCGAUCCCAACUUCGAGCCCCAGGGCCGUCCCCGCUCCUGUACCUGGCCCCUUCCCAGACCAGAGCUCGCUACAGAGCCGCCCGAGCCGCCCGAGGUGGAGCCAGUUCUGGGAGAGAAGGUACACACGGAGGGGCGCUCAGACCCAAUCCUGUUGCCCUCCCGGCUCCCAGAGCCAGAAGGCGGCCCCCAGUCCGGGACCCUGGGGGCUGUAACAGGUCCUCGGAAGGGAGGCUCCCGCCGGAAUGCCUGGGGAAAUCAGUCAUAUGCAGAACUCAUCAGCCAGGCCAUUGAAAGCGCCCCCGAGAAGCGACUGACGCUUGCCCAGAUAUAUGAGUGGAUGGUCCGCACUGUGCCCUACUUCAAGGACAAGGGUGACAGCAACAGCUCAGCGGGAUGGAAGAAUUCAAUCCGCCACAACUUGUCCCUGCACAGCAAGUUCAUCAAGGUUCACAACGAGGCCACUGGCAAGAGCUCAUGGUGGAUGCUGAAUCCCGAGGGAGGCAAGAGCGGCAAGGCUCCCCGCCGCCGGGCGGCCUCCAUGGAUAGCAGCAGCAAGCUGCUCCGAGGCCGCAGCAAGGCCCCCAAGAAGAAACCAGCUGCGCUGCCAGCUCCACCUGAAGGUGCCAGUCCAACAAGCCCUCUUGGCCAUUUUGCCAAAUGGUCAGGCAGUCCUUGCUCUAGAAAUCGUGAGGAAGUUGAUAUGUGGACCACUUUCCGUCCACGAAGCAGUUCCAAUGCUAGCACUGUCAGCACCCGGCUGUCCCCCAUGAGGCCAGAGUCUGAGGUGCUGGCGGAGGAGGAAACACCAGCCUCAGUCAGCAGCUAUGCAGGGAGUGUCCCUCAUACCCUAAAUGAAGAUCUAGAGCUGUUAGAUGGGCUCAAUCUCUCAUCUUCCCAUUCCCUGCUAUCUCGGAAUAGUCUCUCUGGCUUCUCUUUGCAGCAUCCUGGGGUUACUGGCCCCUUACAUACCUACAAUACCUCCCUCUUUGGCCCAGCAGAGGGGCCCUUGUCAGCAGGAGAAGGGUGCUUCUCAAGCUCCCAGUCUCUGGAGGCCCUGCUCACCUCUGAUACGCCAUCACCCCCUGCUGAUGUCCUCAUGACCCAGGUAGAUCCCAUCUUGUCCCAAGCUCCAACACUUCUGUUGCUAGGGGGGAUACCUUCCUCCAGUAAGCUAGCUACAGGAGUCGGCCUAUGCCCCAAGCCCCUAGAGGCUACAGACCCCAGCGGUCUGGUUCCCUCCCUUUCUACAAUAGUACCACCUCCAGUCAUGGCGGGUGUUCCUGUCCCCAAGACCCUGGGUACUCCUGUGCUCACACCCCCUACUGAAGCUCCAAGCCAAGACAGAAUGCCUCAGGAUCUAGAUCUUGAUAUGUAUAUGGAGAACCUGGAGUGUGACAUGGAUAACAUCAUCAGUGACCUCAUGGAUGGGGGCGAGGGACUGGACUUCAACUUUGAGCCAGAUCCCUGAGCCAUGGCUGGAAGCUUUCUCCUCUGCUUCAGAGGUGGAACCAGGCUGUCCAUAUCUACUCUUUACCCUUGAGCCCCUCCCCUGGGAUUUGGUACCCUGCUUUAGAGCUAGGGUGGGGUCUGGUCACACACAGGUGUUGAGGAAAUUAUGAAGAUAAAGCUGCCCCAUAUGGGGACUAUGGGAGGGAGGGAAGUGGGAGGGCGAGAGGGAGAGGGUUUGUUCUCACUGUGCCAAUUAGGGGGUAAGGCCCCCUGUGGGAGCCAUCCUUGGCUCCCCCCAUUCCCACCCCCUAGGCCUUGUGGCAGGGACAGGCAAUGCUGUUGGAAAUGUGAAGUCACCAGUGGCCUUACCCCUGCCUUUGGGAGCAGGAUUUUUUGUAGAGUCUUAUCUCAGUUGGGCCAGGUAGGAUUGAGCCUGGGAUUUUUAUGCAGGGGCCCCUUAGGCCUGUGGUGCAGGUUUGAGGGCUAGAGGGGGAUCUGAAAGGGCCAAGACCUGAACACUGGAGUGGUUAGCCAGGCCAAAUCACCCCUUGGAAGGCUGCAGAUAACAGAAAGGCUUUUUAUAAACUUUUAAAGAAAUACAAACACAAAGAUAGAGAUUUUUAACAGUGGCAAGGUGCUUUUCUUUCUGAAGGCUUUGUCAUAGCUAUAUACAAACACUACAGACAAUACUAGGGGUGACACGGAGAAAUAGGGGAGAGAACUUAAGGCUAAUACAGAAAAGGGAAACAGAAGGAAUUGGUGGGGAGCAAGAGUGAACAAGGGCAAGAAUUUUCAUUUGAACCAGCAAAAGAUCUAUGCAGAAAUAGGUUGGAGUUUCUCCAAGGAAAAGGCUAAACCAGGUCCCCUCAUUCUGUCAACUUGUGCCUGGAAGUGGGUGCAACCAUACUCUUUAUGACCCAGUGUGGGUUAGUGCUACUGUGGGAGAGUGCAUUGAAGGCCUGGAAUUAGCUUAUCGCCUGGGAAGGGGGUGGAGUGGGAGAAGGGAAGAAGGGAAGGAUUUAGGUUAGGAAAGUUAAGUAUAGAGACCUCCCUGUUCAAGGCCUCUGACAGCUGUCCCUGCCCUUCUUCCCCUUCCCUGACUAUAAGGGUUGUGUGGAAGUAUGUGUGGUGGCAGGCAGGGGGAGGGGAGAAACAGGGAAUGGGGAACUUGGCUGAGGGUCUGGGAAAUGAGCAGGGAUGGGGAGGAAUGUGGAUCAGGCUUACUAGCACCUGCCAGGGCCAUCUGGGGCUCGCUCUUCACACCAGCCCCCAAAGCAGCCCCUUCCCCAGUUCUCUUUGCAUUGUCCCCCUCCCUUGCCCCUGUUGUGGGUUCCCGCCCCUGCUGUGGGUUCCUGUCAUUUCCUGUGUCAGUGCCUGGCCUACCCAGAUUGUAUCAUGUGCUAGAUUGGAGUGGGGAAGUGUGUCAAAUCAAUAAAUGAAUAAAUUCAAUAAAUGCCUGUAACUAGUUCUGGUUUUUGCU